CAGGACCGCGUCCUCCCUCCUGGGGCCAUCCGGGAGCCCCGGCCCAGAGGCGGUGCAAGUUUGCAGCGUCCUCAGCAAAGUUGGGACUCUGCUUCUGGGGCGGUUGCCGCUUCUACCAGAGCCCCGGCGGGACCCUGGGGGUCGGCCUGGGCGCUGGAGUUUGUCAUCCAGGACGCACCGAAAUAAUCUGCACAAUAUCAAAGAAGCACCUCACUUGGAGGGAAAAAAAGAGUGUUUCCUUCUGUCUCAGGGCAAAAACCCCGCAAGCCAGACCUGGAGAGGAUGGUGCUGAUUCGCUGGGGUGUGCUCUGGCUGCUGUUACCCCUUGCUUCCUGGGCCCAGAAGUUACCGACUCGCGAUGAAGAGCUGUUCCAGAUGCAGAUCCAGGAUAAAGCGCAGUUUCAUGAUUCGUCAAUGUUACCAGACGGAGCUGAGAUCAGCAGCUAUCUCUUCAGAGACACAUCGAAAAGGUAUUUCUUUGUGGUGGAAGAAGACAAUACCCCUCUGUCUGUCACCGUAACGCCAUGCGAUGCACCGUUGGAAUGGAAGCUGAGCCUGCAGGAGCUGCCUGAAGAGGCCAGUGGAGAAAGCUCAGGUGAACCCGAGCCACUUGAACAGCAGAAGCAGCAGAUAAUUAACGAGGAUGGCACUGAGUUAUUCUCCUACAAAGGAAAUGACGUGGAGUCGUUUAUGUCUUCAAGUUCGCCAUCUGGCUUGUACCAAUUGGAGCUUCUCUCCACUGAGAAGGAUACCCAUUUUAAAGUCUAUGCCACCACUACACCAGAGUCUGACCAGCCCUACCCCGAGUUGCCCUAUGACCCACGAGUGGAUGUUACUUCUCUGGGGCACACCACGGUGACUUUGGUAUGGAAACCCAGCCCCACGGCCUCCCUGCUCAAACAGCCCAUUCAAUAUUGUGUAGUCAUCAACAGAGAGCACAACUUCAAGAGUCUCUGUGCCGUUGAGGCCAAGAUGACUGCUGAUGAUGCCUUCAUGAUGGCGCCCAAGCCUGGCCUGGACUUCAGCCCAUUUGACUUUGCCCAUUUUGGAUUUCCUUCAGAAAAUGGUCCUGGCAGAGAGCGGGGCUUCUCAGGCAAGCCAGUUCCCAAAAUGGGGCGGCAUAUCUACUCCAAGGCCAAGGUGGACAUUCAGAAGAUCUGCAUUGGGAACAAGAAUAUCUAUACAGUGUCUGACCUGAAACCUGACACGCAGUACUAUUUUGAUGUGUUUGUGGUCAAAGUGCCCAGCAACACAAGCACUGCUUACAUUGGCACCUUUGCCAGAACCAAAGAGGAAGCCAAGCAGAAGACAGUGGACCUCAAAGAUGGGAAAGUCACUGAUGUGUUCAUCAAGAGAAAGGGCACCAAGUUUCUCCGGUUUGCUCCUGUCUCAUCCCAUCAAAAAGUCACCUUCUUUGUCCACUCCUGCCUGGACAUUAUUCAGAUCCAAGUCAGGCGAGAUGGGAAACUUCUUUUGUCCCAGAACGUGGAAGGCGUCCAUCAGUUUCAGCUUCGGGGGAAACCGAAAGCCAAGUAUCUCAUUAAGCUGAAGGGAAACAAGAAGGGGGCCUCCAUGCUGAAGAUCCUGGUGACCACACGGCUCCAUAAGCAGUCAUUCCCCUCCCUCCCUGAAGACACGAGAAUCAAGACCUUCGACAAGCUCCGUACGUGUUCUUCGGCCACAGUGGCCUGGUUGGGCACCCAGGAAAGAAACAAGUUUUGCAUCUAUAGAAAGGAAGUGGAUGAUAACUACAAUGAAAACCAAAAGAAAAGAGAACAGAACCAGUGCCUAGGGCCGGAAACAAGAAAGAAAUCAGAGAAGGUUCUCUGUAAGUAUUUCCACAGCCAAAACUUACAGAAGGCAGUGACCACUGAAACAAUUAAAGGCCUCCAACCCGGCCGUUCUUACCUUAUUGAUGUUUAUGUCAUUGGGCACGGAGGGCACUCAGUGAAAUAUCUGAGUAAAGUUGUGAAAACAAGGAAAUUCUGCUAGUGAUGGCAUCAAGAAAUAAACUAUGGGGAAGUCAAGGUGAACAGUAUCCUACUUUAUGUGUAAACAAUUGACUAUCACACAGCUGAGGGAAGUUGUGGCCUGUAUUUGUACUGUGUAAGAAAAGAUAGCAACUUGUAUAUUUAUGUUUAUCUAUGCCAUUGUCAUAUGGGACUGGGCCAGGUGCUCCUGGAUGGCAUCUGGAAGAUGUAUUACUGGGUGGUCCAGCUCCCCACUGGACUCUUGGUUUACAUCAACAGCUGCAGGAAACAUGGAAAGAAUCUCCUGCCAUCCUUUGCUUUCAUACUGCAUGAACUGCUUCUAAGUUAUCUUAUUACUUCAAACCCUGAAAGAUGUCACUCAUUAGGCGCAUACACACACACACAAAUGCAAAUGCCCUCUGUAGAUCCUAGGUUGUCUGUAAAUUAUUUUAUAAAGUCUCGUUUUAAAUAUUGGUGUUUUUAUGAUUGUAAACUAUUAAAUCCUUGCUAUGUCUAAUUACCAACCUAAUAUCAGCCUGUACUCUGGUAGCUUUCAUCACAAUUCCAAAUUCCUGUCUGGUUGAGUUUGAUGUUUAAAUGCUGUACCCAUGUACAAAGCUGACGUAUCUUAUAUUCCUGUACAUAAAAUUAAAAAUCUUAGAUUAUGUA